AUGAUUGAAGCUAAACUUGCACGAGAUUAUGACAUUCGAUUUGGGCACGGAUUGCUCAAAUCCGACUCUGCGAAAUGGGGUCGAUACGUGGUGAUCACGACGCCCUCUGCAUGGGCAGCGACCAAGGACGAGUUGGACCACGAGCCGGCAGGCAUCGGAAUCAACGAGUGGCUCGACAGGACGCACUUGAUCGAGGUCUCUGACUCGCUUCCGGACGAUAUCGAUUUAGUCGUGGGUCUCGGUGCUGGACGAGCGUUGGAUCACGCGAAGCUGGUGGCGCACCGUAAAGGGAAGCCGCUGGUCCAAGUGCCGACGGUGGUCUCCACGGGUGCCAUCAUUCAUGGCUUCGUCGCGGACUGGGACGGUCGGCAGAUCAUCGGACAGCUCGCGGUGGUGAACUGCGAGUACGUUUUGGUCGACUACGAUGUCGUGCUGCGGGCGCCAGAGCGAUUGAACACGGCGGGAUUGGGCGAUGUUCUGUGUGGUUAUGCGGGGCUUUCAGAGUGGCGACACAACGCCGAAUUAGGCAAGACCGACCCGGUCGAUGCUUCCAAGACGGCGAGAUCGAUAGCGCUUUACGACCAGAUCGUCACCGAUUUUCCAGCGUCUCUCGACGAAGGUGGUGAGUUGACGCCCACAUCGGUAAAGGUGAUCAUGUCCGCGGUGCAGGCACGCGACGAUGCCUUGGUGAAAGACGAACGAGCUCCGGGCGCGGACCAUGCGUUCUGUUUCGUUGUCGAGAUUGCCAACGACAAGUACUGGAUUCACGGCGAGAUGUGUGCACUUGGCGCCGUGAUCAUCGCUUGGCGCACUCAACAAAACCCGGAAACUUUGACCGGUGGUUGGAUAGAUGCAAAGUUCGGUGGCGUCCUUCCGAUGUCGAAAUCACCCGUGAGGAGUUAGGCGCUGG